AUGGCAAAGCCAAAGUUUCGAGCACACUCUGGUGGUGAUCAACCUUCUAGAAGAGGAUCUCAAUCAGUUCCUAGUUCUCCACCGAACGAGCUUGAAGAUGGCGCUGUUUUCGUUGAGGCUAACCCUAAAUCUCGAUUUGAAUCUCGAUCAGCACCAAAUUCACCGGAAUCGCAGCGCAAAAUAGUAGGCUCUGUAAAUACGAAUGCAACAAUUAAUAAAUAUACCGAGGCCAAUAGGGCUAUAAAGCACAAGAAAUUAGUGCGAGCGAGCUCAUUAAGCGAUUUAUACUCGAAGGGAGAUUUUGAUCCUUUAGCUUCGAAUCUAACUCGUAUUAGAAAGCUGUCAAUAGGUAGCGUUGAAGUUUUAAGGAGUGGAUUAUCCACUGAUACCGUAGCUGAACGUGAGCGAAAAUUUGUUGCUAAAUAUGGCAGCGCUCAACAAGUUACAGAGAAAGUGGAUAGACAUCAAUCCACGAAAAUUGUUUUGCAAAAACGUAACUCCAAUACUUCUAAUCAAUACAGUAAUGCAAAGCAGGCUGUUAAAGAGGAUCAGUAUCAAAAUACAAAACUAAUUACGAGAAGCUCAAAUUCUCAAAGUCAACAUCAACGCGUUACUACUACCAAAUUGAAACGUGAGAUUGUUACAGAAUCCACAACUCAGUGGACCACGACAUCGAAAAUGAAUGCCUCGCCUACUGAUAAUCGUUCUAUAGCUAAACAUCGCAGUCGUCCAGUUGUCUUGGAAAGGAAGCGUUCACUAGGGAGUAUUGAGGUUUCAAGGCAAAAAAUGUUGGCUUUGCAAAAAGAAGGAAAUAAGAAACCCCCUGUAAAACAAAGGUUAUACCGUUCUAAUUCACUAGGUGCUAUUCAAGUAGCACUUCAAAAUUCAGCUCGUGAGGGACUUAAAAAUAAUGAUAAUGUGACGACGACAAUUACGAUAGCUCCCAGAAAGAAAUCGACAACGUCAUCCAGUAAUCAAGCUACUAGCAUUGCUAGUAAGACAGAGAGAGAAAAGAAGACUACAUAUCAUCAGAAUAGUUAUAGUGAAUCUUCUACUAUUAGAGCUGAAAAUAAGACGGAGAAUAUGAGUCAGCCCAGAAUUAACACACGAAAUAAUAAAUCAACUGUUUCUAGUACUUCAGUCAAUGUCGACAGUUCUACUACCACUAGCCGAAAAACAACAACUACAUCACAGAUGAUUAUCAGCGAGCAUACAACAGCUAAUAAAGGUGUUACAACGACUGUAAAAUUAAAUGGCAAAAUUGUUUCAACCAAGACUUCGAAUGAUCCAGGUGUUUAUACUAGCAGUAAGGUAGUAAUGAAUAAUGUUACUUCAACAAAGCAAGGAAUCACUUCAAAUACAUCUGUGAAAGCUAGAAGUACGAAGCUAUCGCAAGGGAAUCGGAAAUAG